GUGUGUUUCCUGUCACUCGGCCCCAGCACUGUUACUACGACAAAUAGAAUCAUUUCCUUUGCCACAACUCGGAGCUCAUUGGAUUACACUACAUUCACGGAAUAACUAUGACAAAAGUGUCGUAUCCUUUCCAAAGCUCCUUAGUCCGAAACUGACUAUUUAGUCUCGAGGACGGAUCGGUUAUUGCAGUCUUGAGUCGUUGAUCCUGAUCUCACACAACAGGCCCAGCGAAUGAUGUUUCUUACGCACCUUUGAGUAGAGAGCAGCCAUCAUUCUCGCCAACCUCCCAUUGCACACUCCACUUACACGCGCCCUUGGAUGACAAAGGGAGCAUCCAGGCCCACCACGGUCAAUCAUCUCAGGUCUCGAAACCCCUCCAACACCAUCAACCAACUUCCCAUCAAUCCCAUCCCGUACCCAUAACCCACCCUCCCUCAUAUGUCACACGCCAUCUCAAAAUGCAGAGAGCCCUCCGAGCCUCGGAUUCCGCCCUCGCCGCCAUCGGCAACACGCCCCUCGUGCGCCUCCGCCGCCUGGUGCCCCCCAACCACGCCGAGGUCUACUUGAAGCUCGAGUACACCAACCCGACCGGCUCCCACAAGGAUCGCAUGGCGGCCGCCAUCAUCGAGAAGGCCGAGCUCAGGGGCGCGCUGAAACCCGGCAUGAAGGUCGUCGAGGCCACCGGCGGCAGCACGGGCUCCUCGCUGGCCUUCGUCUGCGCCGUCCGGGGCUACCGCUUCCAGCCCGCCACCUCGGACGCCUUCGCCCCCGAGAAGCUCAGGACCAUGGCCGCCUUCGGCGCCUCCGUCGACAUCAUUCGGAGCCCCUCGGGACGCAUCACUGCCGACCUGAUCCCUGCCAUGAUCCGCCGCGCCCGCUCCGUCGCCGACGAGGACAGCGCCUACGCGACGGACCAGUUCAACAACGCCGACGCCCUGGUCGGCUACGAAGGCCUGGGCCGCGAAAUCCUCGCGCAGCUCCCGGAAGGCGUCGACGCCUUCUGCGCUGCCGUCGGUACCGCCGGCCUGGCCAUGGGCGUCUCGAGUGUCCUCAAGGCCGCACGGCGCGACACCCGCGUCGUCGUGCUGGAGCCGGCCUCGACGCCCGUCAUCACCGAGGGCCGCGCCGGUGCGCACGGCGUCGAGGGCAUCGGCAUCGGGUUCCUGCCACCGCUCUUGGACCGGGCGCUGUACGAUGAGGCGAGGGCGGUGGAGGAGGACGAGGCGCGCGCCAUGUGCCGGCGGCUGGCCAGGGAAGAGGGCAUAUUUGCUGGGGUCUCAACCGGUAUGAACGCCGUUGCGGCGAUCCGGCUGGCUCGAGAGCUGGGGCCCAGGAAGAGAGUCGUGACGAUCGCGUGUGAUUCAGGUCUGAAGUACCUGAAUAGUGACUUGUUUCAUGGUCCCCAGUAGCCACCUCGUAGAUGGUGCAGCCUGAGUUGAAGCGGUUGCCAGCAUGACAGCACCGACGCCGAGUCCCUCUCGUGGACUGACGCUC